AUGACCCUUGGUUGGGAUCCAGCACACAUGAAACUCCACCUUUCUUUGAUUUUCGAUAGUCCCGGUGGUAGGCGUAUAGUGAAGAUCAAGAAUGAUUCGCAUGUAGAGUUCAUGAACCGUGUAGAUCCAAUGUCAUGUUUGGAUUUAUACAUAGAUUUGGAAGAUAUCACUCAAGAAGAAAGAGAAACGAGUUUGGAAAACGUGUCAUUUGGUGAUUUUCGAAGGGGGGAACGUGCUAGUACUUCUCGAAACCGUGAUGAAGAGGAGACACCUUUAUUUGCACAAAAUGACUACCGGGAAGAGUUGGAUUCCGACUACAUAGCUCCAAGUGAAAGUGAAGAAGACUGUGAUGUCUCCGGAGAGAGUGAUUUUGAAGAAAGUGAUGAUGAAAGGUUGGAAAAUGAGGAAAGGGAUUGUAAUCUAUUCGCCCGACGCCAUGUAUAUAAAGCAAAGCAUGCUGUGAAAUUAUGGAAUAUCCAUCAUAAAAGGGAAUAUACGGUCGCCGCGAGUAGUCCAAGGACGUGGGCUGUGCGGUGCAGAACAUUUAAUGUGGAAAGUGAGGAUGGUGAACCACCAUGUGAGUGGAAGAUGCGUGUGUCAUUGAAAGCUCACGGCCUUCAUGAAAUUGUGAGAUGGCAUGAUGCACAUAAUUGCAUGACUCCUGUGAAUGAUAAUGACAAUCGGUGUGUGGACGCGUCUUUGAUUGCUAGACUCAUCAAGAGAAAGGUUGAGGACAACGUAGAUUAUACGGUAGCCUCGGCACAGAAAGAUGUGAAGACAUUAUUGAAAGUAGAUGUGCCAUACAAAAGGGCGUGGCACGGGAGGAGGAAAGCCAUAGAAGCGGUCUAUGGUGAUUGGACCUCCAAUUUCGAAGAACUUCCACGGUAUAUCAUUGCGCUUAAGUUUACUAAUCUUGAGACUCGUAGUAGAGUGGGAAUGGAAGGAGGGACAAGAAGCCGCUUUGAAGCCACCCCUUUCGAUGGUGAUGAUGCUAUGUGGCGUGUUGUUACCGCCACACGCCUAAGUGGCGGGGUAUGGGCGUAUGAGCGGAUCGAGAGGAUCGCGCCCCAAAGAAAAGGAGUAGAUUAUUUGCUUGAUGAGACCGCUCCAUUAGCUCGCCGGUGGGAAUGUAGGUACACGUACGGCGACGCCCCAAGGAGCGGCACUCCACCGUUUAGAGAUCAAUUAACAAGUCUGCGUGUUAAAGAUGGUGAAGUAUUGAACAACAUUCGCGUGAGUACCGAGAGGUUUAGAGAAAAACGAGAAGAUGAUAAUCUCCUAGACGAAGAACUUGACAAGCAUUUGGACGAUAUCAUCAAUCAAACACAUGCCGCUUUAACCUUGGCGCAAAUGAUGAGAUGGAGUUGCGGGGAGGAUGUCCAGGUCUCGUUGUCAUCUUGCUGUGACUGUGAUGAGCAAGUUGGUUCUUAUCAUUCAGGAAUGAAGUUAACGAGCUGUCAGUCAAAUGGCAAUGACAAUAGUGGUGAAAUGUCCCAGUCCCUUAAUGUUGUUUCUGGGGGCACCCCUUCACAUCAUAAAAGCUAUACUGCUGCUAGUACUGUGCCUCCUUCAUAUGUUACUGGAUGGAUGUAUGUCAAUCAAAGUGGUCAAAUGUGUGGCCCUUAUAUUCAGGAGCAAUUGUAUGAGGGCCUAGCUACUGGUUUCUUGCCCGAGGAGCUUCUUGUAUAUCCAAUCCUGAAUGGAUUUCUUGCCAACUCUGUGCCCUUAAAGUAUUUUAAGCAAUUCCCUGACCACGUCGCCACAGGAUUCACUUAUUUAGCCACAUCUGUUUCUAGUGCUGCUAGCAACCAUCCAGUAGCCGAAUUGCCUGCAAAGAAACAAGAAAAUACUGCUGAUUUAAUAAACUCUUCAGCUUCAAACCAUAGAUUUUCUUCCUCUGGUGAAGUUUGCAACUCCACUGCUCAAUCUAUGCCAUCGACAGAUGAACCUUGUUGGUUUUUUGAGGAUGCUGAAGGGACGAAACAUGGCCCACAUUCACUAAUGGAACUUUACUCCUGGUGUCAUUAUGGAUACCUUCAAAAUUCAUUGAAGGUCUAUCACGUGCACAACAGAUACGAGCCAUUCACUUUGAAUUCUUUAUUGAAUUCCUGGGGAAUGGCUUCACAAAGUUUGCCUAAAGCUAUAGGUGUACCAAGUACAGCGCUGUCCAGAGACUUUUUGUCUGAAGUAUCUGAUGAACUUUCCCUCCAGCUUCACUCAGGCAUCAUGAAAUCUGCUCGCCGUCUUAUACUUGAUGAAAUUGUUGGCCACACAAUUGGAGAGUUCAUUGCAACAAAGAAAGCCCACAAGCACGCUAAACCAGAAAGAGCCGAAUCCUCAGUUGAAAAUUCCUUGUCAGAUUACAAGGAUAUUAAAGGGAGGAAGACCUGUACAAUUACUGGAAGUGAGGCAGAUGUUCAGUCCAGAGCUUGCUUGAAAUCUGUUGGCAGUGUUGAGAAUUUUCGGCUUGCAUGUGACGUGCUUUGCAGGAGUUUAAUGAAUUCUUGCAUGGAUGGCAUUUGGAAUGUGGUGUUUCUAGAUACCGUAGCAGAAUAUACAUCCAGUUGGAGAAAGCGCAAACGUUGGUACACUCCUACAAUUUCUACGUUACCGGGCAGUUUCCCUAAGCAGUAUCCUGAAACACUUGCAAGGUUUCCAGCUGAAGAUCUGCAAGUGGAACAAGAGUUGCCCGCUGAUGAAACUGAGUUUCCCCCUGGAUUUGAAAUGGUGGCAACAGCGGUACCGGAUUCAAAUGUUUCUGAUGACAUCAUUGAAAUGUUUCUGGCUGAUCUACAUUCAUCUGCAAAGAUUUCAUUGAGUCCAUAUUUUGAAACUCUUUUGGAGGAAGAAGUGAGGAAAGUUACUGAUAUUCCAAGAGAUGUGGAUGUAAAUGAGGUAGCUGAACUUGCUUCUUGUCUGAGUGAACACGAUUCAUUUCGAACUGCUGCUGUUCCAGAAGCACCACCAUGCAAUGGCGUUGAGAUCCCAUGCCAAUCGGAAGAGGCCUUUCAUCACGAAACUCGAGCUUCUGCAACUGAUAUUUUGUCUAGUGUAUUUAGUAGUUUGUCGGUGCCUUUGAGAAAUAUCUGUAGUGAUGUAGUCAUUGAUAAACUCCAGCCUAGUAAAUUUGAGGGUAAUGGAAAUGGCAAUGCUUGCUUUUCGUCCCAAAUACGUAGAGUGAAGCCCUCUAGGUCAGAUGAAGGUAUCCCUAGGGUAACCCUAAAUGCUGCAUUGAGGAUAUUUCGGCUAAAGGUACAUGAGGUUGUGGUCAGAGAGUUGAAAACAUUGUUUGUCGACGAAGCUAUAUCAGGAGCCUCAAUGAAAGCCUUCAAGAAAUUUCCUAAAUUAAAGUAUUUUGAGGACUUGGGAAGUACAGGAGUUGAUGGGAAUAACUUUCUUAGAGUCAGUGAACUGUGGAAGGGAUCUUCUACUGUAUCUGACUUAACUGGAAAGCAGAUGUAUUACCGGAAGAGAAAGUUGGGUGAGAGAAACUCAGGAUCGCUUUCUCUUUCUUCAACUGCAGAAAAGGUUGAAGUGCCCCGGCAAAUGAUCAAGAAGAAAAAGAAAAAUGAUGAUAUUUCUGAAGAGGUUCCAGCUAUUGCCAGAAAGGGAAACACAAUUACGCGUUUGAAAACACGUGGGGUUCAAAAUUGCCAGAUUGACGUGUGUGGUGCUGCAAGUUUGCCUGAUAAAGAAUUGGACAAGGAUCCUCAAAGGAUUAAAGAAAUGGUGGAUGUCUCAAGCAUCAGUGGGAAGAAGCAGAGGAAGCAGUUGGUCAUGAAAUUAAAGAAACAAGAAACUUUUCGAGAGGUUUCAAGUAUUGCAGAAAUCAUUGAUGUUCCAAGCACCAGCAAGAAAAAGCAGAAGAAGCAUUUGGUCAAUAAGUUAAAGAAGCAUGAAAUUUCUGCUCAAUUUCCAACUAUUGACAGAAAGGAAAAUACAAUAGAGGCACAAAUUAGCCAAAGUGAUGCAUCUAGUACGGAGGACGUUGACAUGCAGGGCAAAGAGUUGAAAAAGGAGCUUCGAGAGGUUCAAGAAAUGUUAAAUGUUCCAAGCACCAGCAAGAAGAAACAGAAGAAGAAAUUGGCUAAGAAGUUAAAGAAAGAUGAAGUUUCUGCGGAGGUUCCAACGGCCACGGAGAAAGGAAACACGGUUACUAGUUGUGAAACUAUUGAGGCUCAAGAUUUCCAAAGUGAUGCAUGUAAUCCUUCAAAUAGACCUCGUAAACAGUUGGGAAAUGAGCCUCGACAGGUUAAAGAAGUGGUAGAUAUUCCAAGAAUCGCUGCAAAGAAGACUUCUUUACUCGAUGAUUUUAAAAGCGUGGAGAAAAUUACUCGCUGCCGGAGUAGGAAAUUGUCAAACACACAAGUGCAAUCUCCUAAUUAUACAGCAACUAAUGUCUUAAAACCGAAAAGAAAGGCUUCGGACACGGUGGAUGAUAUUGAACGACCAGAAACCCAAAAGGUUCUCAAAAUUGAGAAAGGUACUACUAAGCAAUCUGCUCCUGGGUGUGUUGGCAUCCGAAAGAAAAAAGUAGCCAAUAAAUCAAGAAGUUCGAAAACUUGGCCCCAAUCUGAAGGCUGUGCUCGAAGCUCAAUCAGUGGCUGGGAAUGGCGUAAAUGGUCACUUAGUGCAAAUCCUGCUGAUAGGGCCCGCGCCCGAGGUACUAAUUGUAGUCACGCUCAAAGUAACAGUCUGGAUGCCAAUGUAACUCAGUUGUCGAGUGUUAAAGGACUUUCUGCUAGAACAAACAGGGUUAAGUUGCGUAACCUCCUUGUUGCUGCGGAGGGUACUGAUCUUCUGAAAGCUUCUCAGUUGAAGGCAAGGAAAAAACGUUUACGCUUCCAACGGAGCAAGAUACAUGAUUGGGGUCUUAUUGCAUUGGAACCAAUUGAGGCCGAGGAUCUCGUCAUUGAAUAUGUUGGAGAAUUAAUUCGUCCUAGCAUAUCUGACAUUCGUGAGCGGCACUACGAAAAGAUCGGAAUUGGGAGCAGCUAUCUUUUUCGGUUGGAUGAUGGUUAUGUGGUUGAUGCCACAAAACGUGGUGGGAUUGCUAGGUUUAUAAACCAUUCAUGCGAGCCCAAUUGCUAUACAAAGGUCAUCACAGUUGAAGGCGAGAAAAAGAUUUUUAUCUAUGCGAAACGUCAUAUUUCUGCUGGUGAAGAAAUUACCUACAACUACAAAUUCCCUUUGGAGGAAAAGAAGAUACCUUGCAACUGUGGUUCAAAGAGGUAA